GUGAUGUCUUCGAAGUUGGUAGUAUCGUGACUCAUCCAUCCUUCCUUCUGCAAAUUCAAUUUCGCCACCUCCGUUUGUCUUUGAAUUUCCAAAAAUGGCCGACGGAGGUCUGGCGGUGCUUGAUGGGUCAUCCCUCAGAGCCGUCGAUCCCCGUCUCCCAGAAACCGAUGACCCUUUCACCGGAACUCAGGUUCUUGAGAUCGCAGAUUCACAAGUUUCUUCCUUUUUCUUCGGCCUCUCAUUACCUCAUAACCUAAAAGCUACAGCACUUAAACGUAUAAACGUUGACAUCGAUAACUUCCCUGAAACAGAACUCGACAGAGAACAAGCUUCUUCAAAGCUUAAAGACUAUGUGAUCGCUAUUGCGUCUGAACUCAGAGAUGAUCCCCUUGUCGUGUCGGUUUUGGAUGGAAGCCCUCUUAAACUGUUCUUGGAAGACGAGGAUGAUUUCGCUAUGCUGGCGGAGAAUCUUUUUACCGAUUUAGACACUGAGGAUACGGGGAAGAUUUGUACUAAUCUGAUACGGAAUGCUCUUGAUCGUAUGGGAGUAGAAAUGGGCGUUCCUCCCUUCUCAGUGUUCCCUCGUCUGGAAGACCUCCUGAAGAAAUACAAAGCUGAGGGGGAAGAAGCAUUGGGUCAGGCACAAUUUGCAGAACUGCUCCAGAAUAUUUUACAGGAAUUAGCAGAUAUCCUGGCUGAAAAGCAUGUUGUUGUCAUCCAGAACAUCAAGAUCAUCAAUGGUUCUAGGCUAAAAAAGUUCAUUGCUGAUGAGAAGAAAUUGGAUGAUGAGAUAGGAAAGAUAUUCCAGAAUCAAUGUGAUAGCAAAGAUGGAAGAACGAGCACAGAAAUAAUCAGGAGUUAUCUUGAGAAAAAUGGACCAAAUUUGGGCCUACCACCAUCAGAAGCCAAUGAAGCAGUGGGUCUUCUUUAUGAUCAAGUGUUUGCUGAUGUAGAAGGGAAAAACAGCAAGAAAAUAGAUAAAGAUGAGUUUGGGGUAAUUGUGAAAGAUAUUCUUGAGAAAUUUGUGGAACAGCUUGAAGCUAACCCUGUUUUUCAUGAUCUUGACGGUUGAAGCAGGUGGGUAUAAAUUUUCUUGGAUCUGAUUCCAGAAAUUGUUGUUUCAACAAUACACACAAAUGAACUCUUUUUAGAUUAUGUUCAUAUGCCCCUACCGCCAUAGUGAGAUUUGAAGAGUUGGACACAUUUUUGCAGAUUCAAAUACAUUUGCUCUCAUAUUAGUCA